UUGUUGCGACGACAGGUGUCCCAAGGUAUCGCCGAGAACAUUACGUUCAGUCACGUUGCGUCGACGAUACCCGAAACCGUCGCAGAUUUCGCGGAUCUACCUCUCGCGUCGACGAUUUAUUCCGUUCCCGUUCGACCACGAUCCACCAACGUUCCCAAAAAACCAAACUGUCUCCCCGUUAGAACCGAUAACCCCGAAUCUAACUCGAUUUUUUGCACGACAGCGCCGUUACGCGAAUUUCCGCAGCCGGGCGCACGUGUUUUGUGCGUCGAAAAUACAAGCGGAUCGUUAUCUCCAGUAAUCCGUGAUAUUUCGAGGCGGCUGUUCCCUCGAAAUUGAUUGAUCUGAUAAACGGUGGCAAGUUUCUUUAUUGUUCGAGGAAACAGCCAUUCUACACACGUCCGCGAAUCGGUUCGAAGAUGUCGCAAAGAGUGCAGCCUCGAGGGAGAGGAACGAAGCCCCGCGGCGGUGCGGCAAUCGGAAGUCAGUGGCUGUGCUCCAGCUAACGCUUGAUUGUCAUUUGGAAUGGAAACUGUUGGAGCAGAUACAUAUCGAGUGCGCAUUUUUAAAAUAAACCGUUAACGGGCUCGUUCUCUCCGCGAGUUUCGGUAUUUACAAACAAGACCGAGGAUCCUUUCUCAAAUGUACGUCGCGAGUCCGGCCCACUGUUGGGCGAAUUUCGUCUGACGUAGCAGGCUGAACAUUUCGUUCCCGUAGAGGGAAUCGUCAUCAUGGAAACGCCGAACGAGGACGCGAGCGAUCUGCACGAUUUUUGGAAGGACUGGGACCUGAGGAACCUGACGGAGGCCGAGUAUUUGGAAAAGGUACUCGGGCCGAAGUACCUGCCUAUGAGGUUCGUGGUGCCGCUGACGAUAGCUUACCUGGUGAUAUUCGUCACCGGGAUUUUCGGGAACAUUGCCACGUGCACCGUGAUCAUCAGGAAUCCUUCGAUGCAGACAGCCACGAAUUACUACUUGUUCAGUCUGGCUAUAUCCGAUCUUAUUCUACUUACGCUGGGAUUACCUAACGAGCUAAGUUGCCUUUGGCAACAGUACCCGUGGGCGCUGGGGGUCGGCCUCUGCAAGAUCAGGGCAUACGUGUCGGAAAUGUCGUCGUACGUGUCCGUCCUUACGAUAGUGGCCUUCUCCAUGGAAAGAUACCUGGCCAUUUGUCAUCCGCUUCGCGUGUACACGAUAAGCGGUCUCAAAAGACCGAUACGUUUCAUCCUGGCUGCGUGGUCAAUUGCACUGGUCUGCGCGAUACCGUUCGCGAUUUACACGAAAGUCAAUUUGGUCGAGUAUCCGCCAGAGUCGGGCAACUAUUCGGCGGAUUCCGCGAUAUGCGCCAUGCUGUUGCCUUACAUGCCCAAAUUCCCCCUUUACGAGCUGAGCAGCAUCAUAUUCUUCCUGAUCCCGAUGCUGGUGAUCUUGGUGGUUUACACAAGAAUGGGCUUGAAGAUCAGGAACAGCACGAAGGAAGCUCUGAGCUCAGUGGUGCACAGCACGAUUCAUGGGGAAUCCAGACAGAUUCAAUCCCGGAGAUCAGUCAUCAGGAUGCUGAGUGCUGUGGUGAUAAUGUUCUUCAUCUGCUGGGCCCCGUUCCACGCUCAGCGGCUGCUGUACGUCUACGGCCAGGACUCCGACUAUUACCCGGACCUGAACGAGCUGCUGUACAUCCUGAGCGGAUGCCUGUACUACUUCAGCACCACCGUGAAUCCGAUCUUGUAUAAUUUAAUGAGCAUGAAGUAUCGGUACGCGUUCAAGCAGACGAUCUGCUGCGGGUCCAAGAAGUCGUCGGCCAGGAGCUGGCCGGCCAAGGAGUCCCAGAUGUGCGAGGGGAGUCCCGGCGGGAAGGCUCGCAACUCGAACUUCAAGAACUCAGUGAGGUACACGAUCAGCCAGGCGAAGGAGAUGUUCCGGUUCACCGCCAGCCGUGAGAGCGUGAGCCGAGACGGGAACGCGAACGAUAAUGCGCCCCGUAAAUCUUACGCGCCGAAGAGGGAAGACUCGACGUCUAGGCCGCUUCUUGAUCGAAUGCACUCCGUAGUUCGGGAACACGAGAGGAACAAGAACGAUUCGUCGAAAAGUACCGGCGAGGAGUCCAUGUCUAUCGCGAGCAGUAACUUGUGACACCAUACGAGACUAUAAAUUCUGUGUUUCACCGUUAGUCUCCGCGUCGAGACGCUCUUGUAAAUACUAGUUGUAAGUCGAUCACUCAAAAUCGUUUAUUUAUUCUUCGGUAACGUUCCACGGUCGUCGUCGGCCGACUUUCCUCCGAUUUUAUCGAACUGUACGAUUCAAAUGUUUAAUAAAACCGAUGAAACUCGCA